CGGGCGGCGCCGCUGGGGCCGCCGCGGCCGCCGCGCCUGAGCUGAGCGGCUCCGCCUCCGCGGGGGGGAGGCAGCGGCGGGGCCGGCAGGGGAGCGCCAUCCCCGCGGCGGCCGCGGCCGCCCGUUCCCUGCGGCGGAGCAGGAGGAUGCGGCCCGGCGCCGGGCUCUGAGCGAUGGAGGGGGUCCUGUACAAGUGGACCAACUACCUGGCCGGUUGGCAACCUCGGUGGUUUGUUUUAGACAAUGGGAUAUUGUCAUACUAUGAUUCCCAGGAUGAUGUUUGUAAAGGCAGCAAAGGAAGUAUAAAGAUGGCUGUGUGUGAAAUAAAAGUUCAUGCAACAGACAACACAAGAAUGGAGCUAAUCAUCCCAGGGGAGCAGCAUUUCUAUAUGAAAGCAGUUAAUGCAGCUGAAAGGCAAAGAUGGCUGGUAGCCCUGGGGAGUGCAAAAGCCUGUUUAGCAGAUACUAGAACAAAAAAAGAAAAAGAAAUAAGUGAGACCAAUGAAUCUCUUAAAACCAAAAUGUCCGAACUUCGUCUCUACUGUGAUCUUUUAAUGCAGCAAGUUCAUACCAUACAAGAAUUUGUUCACCAUGAUGAGACUUGCUCUCCUCCCAGCAUUGAGAACAUGAAUGAAGCUUCUUCCUUGCUUAGUGCCACAUGUAAUACAUUUAUCACAACACUUGAAGAAUGUGUGAAGAUUGCUAAUGCCAAGUUUAAGCCAGAAAUGUUCCAGCUGCCUCAUCCUGAUCCCUUGGUUUCUCCUGUGUCACCAUCACCUAUUCAAAUGAUGAAGCGUUCCGUUAGCCACCCUGGUCCUUGCUAUUCAGAAAGGAUUAAUCACUCUGUAAAAGAACCAGGUUCAUCUGUUCACCGAUUUUCUCAGCGACGCAGAAGAACAUACUCAGAUACAGAAUCUUACAGUGAUACACCUUCUGAAGAUUCUCAGAGAUCUACUCACUGUUCUAGAAGUGCUGUCAAUGGAGAUCUAGUAUCAUCAACCAUUCCUGAAGAAAAUAAAUCAGUGUCAAAGGAAAGAUCUGAACUGGAAGAGACUCUUUCAUCCUUUUCCUCGUGAAACAACUGAAAGUAUUCAAUUUUCUAUAAAUAAUGCUAUGCAAAAGCUGCUGUAAUUAUACUGUUGUUAUAGGAAGUAGUAAUUUCCCUUUUUAGAAGGAUUUCUCUGCACUUUAUAGAAUAACAUAAAUACUAUCUUUGAAGUGUAUUUUAUCUUUAUAUAGUUUAUUUGCAAGAGUAUUUUCCUAAUAUUUCACAGUUUGAAUGUGCAUUUUUUGGAACAAAUGAUGGCUUUAACAGAUAAGCAUCCACAUUUGUAAACGUAGCUCUUUUUAAAAAGUGUGAAGGUCUGACUGAUACGUUAGUAAACACGCAUUAUAAACUUCAGCAAAAAUUUUCAUUUUCUUGGAGAAAAUGGGACUUGUGCCCUGGGCCUCUUGGUCAUUUGUACCAGGUCAUCCACCCAGAGCUGUGAUUGGCCCCACAGUGCUUUUUUUGCCAGUGUAAGGGCUGUGGGAAUGGGCACUAAUGGGUCUCUUCUAGCAGCUUGACGGUAAUUGACAUUGCCGCCUUUACAAAUACACGGAUAUACAUAAUCCAGUCCUUAUUUUUAGCCAAUGAAAGUAGAAAUAUUUAGUGUAUUUUUCUAAACAAAUGUAUAAAAAUAACUUAAUAUGAAGUAUUUGUACCAAACAUGGGAUAUUUAAUAAUUUUUAUUUAUUUAUUCUUUUUUGCAUCAAAAAUUUCUACCUACUUUCAGUACUAAAGAUCUGAAGAUCUACUCAAGGCUUCAAAAUGUGCAUAAAUUGUUUCUGGGGUGUGUAGUAUCACAAGUAGUUAAUACAGCACCGUUAAGAUUUACUCUGCCUACUUAAGAUGUAUUUUUAGCAAAGUAUUAUAGAAGCAAGAGCUAAAAUGUUAGACUGUUUUAAGCUGCUGUUGUAAUGAAUAUUUGUAUCUAUACGUGUUUUAUUUAUGACAUAUUUAUACAAUAGGGAGCUUCUGUUUUUGUGUCUCCUUUAUAUCAUUUGAGGAUGGUAUACACCAGAAGAUGGAUUCUGCUCUCAGUUACAUCAGUUUAAAUUUUACAUUAACUGUAAGCGAGGUCAGAGUCUGACUCUCUUAAUAAUUAAUUAGUAAUAUAGUAUAACAGUGCCUACUAGCACCUUGGUCCAGAAGGUUCUUGAUGUUAACAUUGUAAGCUUUUGGGGAUUUUUUGGGUGUUUGUUUAGGGAUAAACUUGGUCUAUAAAGUCUUAGCUGUAGAGCACUUUAAGCAAGCCAUUUACUCUUUUUGAUUUACACAAUUGAUAAAUAGAUGUACAGGGUUUUUUGCACUCAAGCACAUACCAAAAUCUGUUUUUAUAAUCAGAUCUUCUUUAAUUUGGUUUAACUAGUCUUCCUUUUGUGUAUAUAAAUAAUUUGGUGGUUUCGAAGCGGGUUGGAAAGGAGAGAUGGGAAUGGGAGCUUUCCUUAUAAAUUUUUGGAAUGUUGAUUUAUCUAAAUCAAAAUAGGUCCAAACGUUGGGGAAAAACAUAUGAGCUGUUGCCCACAUAUAAAAUGCCAGUUUAUAAACCAUUAUGCCAGGUUCAAGUGGGAUGGAAUGGUUUGUACAAGGGAUUUGUGGAUACCAGCUCAGAGCAGUCAUUUGUGCUCAGUUCUUUCAGUUUCAUACAAACUAGAAUAUGCAUAUCAGCCACACAUAUGCUUGUACAUUUUUUCUGAAUGUUUGCUUUAAUGUAUUCUGUAUGACACGACAAUUGUAAAAAAAAAAAGGUAUUAAAAAAGAUGUUCAGAGAAGUAAACUACA